CGACGUCACUAGUUGCUUCAAGUUUCAGAAGUUUUAUUAAUAAAAUUUUUCAUUGUGACUGUAUUUAAAAAGUUCGAUAUGAGAGCGGUGUUCUUCCUAGUGGGUUUGGUGUUCGCAUGCAAUGGUAUUAGUGGCCUGCUUUUGUCGGGGUUACGUUACGCGUCAAGAGAUGCUGCGCCUUUAUCAUGGUUUUCAAGAGUGCGACGGAUGCCUGUACUUACUCACCGCGUCAUAGAUCCCAAUGAAGAUUGUUUUAUGGUAACAUCAGAAGAAGGCGAACUGUUCUUCAAGUCGCCCUCUGAUGAACCGGUGGUGUGUGGUAUCUACAUGAUAGCUGAGCCUGAUAAGCGAAUCCAGGUCACAUUCAACUACCUCGACGUGCCUUGCGACAACGGAGGUCUUGUGGCUUGGAUCGAUGGGUGGGAGUUAAAUGGUCAAGUAUGGCCCGCUGACGCCUGGGACGACGACAGAGUGGUCGAGUCCUGUGACAGAAGACCACUGCGAAAACUGAUAUCUCGACAGAAUGCAGCCCUGAUACAGUACAGAGUACCGGCAAGAGGAAAAGGGUUUGCUGUCACAAUUCGGCAUAUAAAAAACGCGAGACCCUGUAACUUAAUGCUGUUCGGCUCGGAGGGUGUAUACACGUUACGCAAUCACGGAGAGACGGGCAAUUGUUCCCUGAUUGCUAUUUCUCCCUCCACGGUACACGUCCUGGACCUCAACGUCGGCCAGACUGUGAAGAGGGGGACAUUACUGAACAUGGAGACGGGAACCCUGCAUCGAUGCACAAAGCGGGGAUUACAUGACUUCGUGGACAUAGGCGGCGCCAGUGGGCUCGACCAUACAAAUAUGGAGAUUUUCGACAGCGUGUGCGGACUGGACUCUAAUGAAGCCCGUCGUCCUAUUUCCAUAGCCUGUGAAGAUACAGUGGUGCGGCUUGCAUCCAGCGGCCGCUUCCAAAACUCGGUGACCCUGGCCUUCUCUCCACUUCCCAUGGAGCACAUAGAACACGCUGAUCUAAUCUGUGGCCUGAACGACGUUUAAACUAAUUUCGAACACCCGUCUAGUGAUUUCCCUCAAAAACUUUUACAAUAUUUGUUGUAUCAUUGUUUUGUAAAUUUAAACCAGUAACAAUUUUAACAAAUUAUUGUGAAGAAGACAUGUGCUUAAAGCAGUGAAAGGUUGUAGUCGUGUUUCACCACCAAGUUUUAUAGUAAAAGAUCAGAUGCGGCAUGAAGGUUAGACAAUUACGACAAAUAUCAGAUAUAUAGAAAAAAACUUACCUACUUGGUAUGCAAUAUAUAUCGAUACAAAAUGAAUCAUAUAUUAUAAUCCACGAAAUUCUUUCUAGCUGUUAAAGUGUUCUUACACCAAUCGUUUAUAGUAAAAUGGCUUGAGAAUAUUUAAUGUGAGCGUAGUGAUGUAACAAGUAUGUAAUUAGUGAAACCAUUUAUUCUAGUCAAAGGUGUUAAGAGAUAUCCUCCCAAAGUCCCAAUAAAAGUAAUUCAUCAAAAA